GCUAUUGGCCAGGGCGGGCACAGACCAGAGAUACGAUUGGUUGGGGAGAGGGGCACCGCGGUGGGGUCGGAGCUGCGCGGCCUCAGCAGCUGCAGGAGACGGAAGUGGUGAGAGCUCGGCCUCGGAGGGUCGGGCGGACGCCGCCUGGUGAGAAGCAGGCAGCCAGGACCCUCACCACGGUAGAAUGGUGCCCUUCACAGUGCUGCAGGGUGAGGGAGUGGAGUUCCUGGGCCGCGCGGCCGAUGCCCUGAUUGCCAUCUCCAACUACCGGCUGCACAUCAAGUUCAAGGACUCUGUCAUCAACGUCCCGCUCCGGAUGAUCGACAGUGUGGAGAGCCGUGAUAUGUUCCAGUUGCACAUCACCUGCAAGGACUCCAAAGUGGUGAGGUGCCACUUCUCCACUUUCAAGCAGUGCCAAGAGUGGCUCUCGCGGCUAAGCCGGGCCACGGCGAGACCUGCCAAGCCUGAGGACCUCUUUGCCUUUGCCUACCAUGCCUGGUGCCUGGGGCUGACCGAGGAGGACCAGCACACCCACCUGUGUCAGCCAGGAGAGCACAUCCGAUGUCGGCAGGAGGCUGAGCUCGCGAGGAUGGGCUUUGACCUGCAGAACGUCUGGAGAGUCUCGCACAUCAACAGCAACUACAAACUGUGUCCCAGUUACCCCCAGAAGCUGCUGGUUCCCGUGUGGAUCACAGAUAAAGAGCUGGAGAACGUGGCUUCCUUCCGCUCCUGGAAGCGGAUCCCCGUGGUGGUGUAUAGACACCUCCGCAACGGGGCUGUCAUCGCCCGCUGCAGCCAGCCCGAGAUCAGCUGGUGGGGCUGGCGCAAUGCUGACGAUGAGUACUUAGUCACAUCCAUCGCCAAAGCCUGUGCCCUGGACCCAGGGACCAGGGCCCCUGGUGGCUCCCUCAGCACUGGGAAUAGUGAUGCCAGCGAGGCCUGUGACACUGACUUUGAUUCCUCCUUGACUGCGUGCUCUGGGGUGGAGAGCACAGCCGCCCCGCAGAAGCUGCUGAUCCUGGAUGCCCGAUCCUACACGGCGGCUGUGGCCAACCGGGCCAAGGGUGGAGGCUGUGAAUGCGAAGAGUACUACCCCAACUGUGAGGUCAUGUUCAUGGGAAUGGCCAACAUCCAUGCCAUCCGGAACAGCUUCCAGUACCUCCGCGCUGUGUGUAGCCAGAUGCCUGAUCCCAGCAACUGGUUGUCGGCUCUGGAGAGCACCAAAUGGCUGCAGCACUUGUCGGUGAUGCUGAAGGCGGCUGUGCUCGUGGCUAACACGGUAGACCGGGAAGGCCGGCCUGUGCUGGUGCACUGCUCAGACGGCUGGGACCGGACGCCGCAGAUUGUAGCCCUGGCUAAGAUACUGCUGGACUCGUAUUACAGGACUUUGGAGGGCUUCCAAGUGUUAGUUGAAUCUGACUGGCUGGAUUUUGGACACAAGUUUGGAGACCGCUGUGGCCACCAGGAGAAUGCAGAGGACCAGAACGAGCAAUGCCCUGUGUUCCUCCAGUGGCUCGAUUCUGUUCAUCAGCUGCUCAAGCAGUUCCCCUGCCUGUUCGAGUUCAACGAAGCAUUCCUGGUCAAGCUGGUGCAGCACACGUACUCCUGCCUGUACGGCACGUUCCUGGCCAACAACCCCUGUGAGCGAGAGAAGCGCAACAUCUACAAGCGGACCUGCUCGGUGUGGGCCCUUCUGCGAGCGGGCAAUAAGAACUUCCACAACUUCCUCUACACGCCGGGCUCAGAGGCGGUCCUGCACCCCGUGUGCCACGUCCGGGCCCUGCACCUCUGGACAGCUGUUUAUUUGCCGGCGGCAUCUCCGUGCACACUCGGGGAGGAGAACAUGGACCUGUACCUCUCCCCGGUGGCUCAGAGCCAGGAGUUCUCUGGCCGCUCCCUGGACAGAUUACCUAAAACGAGAUCUAUGGAUGAUCUUCUUUCUGCCUGCGACACAAGCAGUCCCCUGACACGCACAUCCAGUGACCCCAACCUGAAUAACCACUGUCAGGAGGCCAGAGCGGGCCUGGAGGCCUGGCACGGCAAUCCCGAGGGAUCGGAGACCACCUUCGUGGAGUCCGGGGCAGGAGGUCCUCAGCAGACUGCAGGAGAAGUGGGUCUUCCUCCCUCUCAGCCCAGCAGCCAGAAAGACUACUUGAGCAAUAAACCUUUCAAGAGUCACAAAAGCUGUUCCCCGAGUUACAAACUGCUUAAUGCCGCCGCGCCCCAGGAAACGAGGAGCAACACCCCUGAUCUGGAAAUCAAAGUCCUGGAAGAGACGAAGGCAGCAGCUCCAGACCCGCCCACCCAGGAUGAGCUGGGUAGGACUUUAGAUGGCACACAGGAGCCACCCGAACCUUGUCCUGAGAAAGCAGCUGUCCGUGCGCUCUCUAAAGUCAUUGCCAGCAAGGGUGGUGGAAUCUGUGAUUUUCCUGAGUCUUCCCAGGACUCCCUUCCAGGUGCCCCCCAGCAGGCCCAGCCAGACUCUGGGCUGGGUGUGCCCUCCAGGUGUGCCCCAGAUCACAAUCUGGGCACCCUUUGCAACCCACCGAGUGCUACCUGCCAAAAUCCUCCAGACCCAAGUGCUGACUUUCUCAACCAAGACCCCCCAGGGUCUGUGGCAAGUAUCUCCCACCUGGAAGAGCCCAGUUCUGUGCCAGAUCUGAUUCACGGGGAGGAAGACACGGGCAGGAGAGGGAGUAACAGGAAUGGGCAGUUACUGGAAAACCUUCGCUUUGGGAAAGUACCGUUGGAAUUGGCCCGAAAGCCAAUUUCUCAGAGCCAGAUUAGUGAGUUCUCUUUUUUAGGGUCCAACUGGGACAGCUUCCAAGGGAUGGUGACCUCAUUCCCGAGUGGGGAGACUACCCCUCGGCGGCUUCUUUCCUAUGGCUGUUGUAGCAAGAGGUCGGGCAGUAAGCAGGUGCGCGCAACAGGGCCCUGCUUUGGGGGCCAGUGGGCUCAGAGAGAAGGGGUGAAGUCACCAAUCUGUUCUAAUCAUUCCAAUGGACACUGUACUGGUCCAGGAGGGAAAAACAACCGGAUGUGGUUGUCCGGUCACCCCAAGCAGGGCUCCAGUAUGAAGCCUGUUCCACUGAGCUGCCCUUCUCCAGUGCCUCCCGUCUACCUGGAUGAUGAUGGACUGCCCUUUCCCACGGAUGUGAUCCAGCACAGGUUACGGCAGAUUGAGGCAGGGUACAAGCAAGAGGUGGAGCAGCUACGUCGACAGGUGCGUGAGCUUCAGAUGAGGCUGGAUAUCCGUCACUGCUGUGCCCCGCCAGCAGAGCCUCCCAUGGACUAUGAGGAUGAUUUCACGUGUUUGAAGGAGUCAGAUGACAGUGAUACAGAAGAUUUUGGCUCUGAUCACAGUGAAGACUGCCUUUCGGAAGCAAGCUGGGAACCUGUUGAUAAGAAAGAGACUGAGGUGACUCGCUGGGUUCCAGACCAUAUGGCAUCACAUUGCUAUAACUGUGACUGUGAAUUCUGGUUGGCCAAACGCAGACACCAUUGCAGAAAUUGUGGGAAUGUAUUUUGUGCUGGCUGCUGCCACCUGAAGUUGCCCAUUCCUGAUCAACAACUCUAUGACCCAGUUCUCGUCUGUAACUCGUGUUACGAACAUAUCCAAGUAUCUCGGGCCAGGGAACUCAUGAGCCAACACCUGAAGAAACCCAUUGCUACGGCUUCCAGUUGAAUGCCAGAGGAGACGACCUGUCCAAUUUUAGCAGGUUUGAAGGGAGGAUCUGCUUCAGGUGUAGUUUUGAAGGUUCCUUGGUGUGGCUCAUGAAAUCACAGAGCUCAAAGAUACAGUCUUGCGAAAUCCUCCUUGGUACCAUGAGACUGGAGCAGAGGAAUUCCAAUUUGGCAGGAGGUCCUCUACUGGUGAGACCCUCCCCUUGGGGUAAUGGUCCUGAUCCAGACCCAGAGUCUGGAAGCUUAACGUUGAGUUGGUGACUCCAGUUUCUUUCUCCGGGGUCACAAGAUGAUGAUUUCAUAGAUACUGCCUGGUGAUGCGUGCCCCAAACAGCAAUAGAAAGUCAUAUGUUUAACCAAACUCCAAGUGAUAACCAGAUCCAUCUCUCCUCCACCUUGAAAAAAGCAGAUUAUAGUAUCUAAGAUAGGAAUUUCUAUCCUAUUUGAGAGGAAUUAUACCCUGUACCUCUGUGCUCUGUGUCUGUGCAUGAAGGCUCAGUCUUUAGAGGCACUCCCUCUCGUUGCAUUAGUUCUGUCUUUCUGUGGAGUUUGGUUUAAAGACUGGUUCAUCAAGUGGAGAUUUUGCUGUAUUUUUCACUUGGCUCAUCAGCCAGCAUCAGUGAAUAUUCAGUUUAGGGGGACAGUUCUAGGGAGUGAGUCACUUUUGGGGAGCAGAGGAAGACUCUGCUGAUGUUCAGUCCUGGCAAAAAUCAGUUAUUUUUGAGCUGUGAAAGCAGUAGUCUUUGUCACUCAGUGGCAGCUCUUGAGGUAGCACUGUGAAGAAUGAGAAGGGAAACAUAGAAAUGAUCCUUGUGAAAUAUUUGCUGAUUGUGCCCGACCCUUUGCGCCUUGACUUUUCCUAGUUGUCCUGGUGCUAACACAGGAGCUACACCUUGAUCCUCUCCUGGCAUGAAAAUAAAACAAUGUUUUUUGGGGGGUUGUUGUUCCAUUGCCCACUUCCCUCAUGUCGUCUUUCCCUUGGCUGCUGCCUCCUCUGGGUCACACUGCUUCUUAUCCUGAACACUUGACACCUUGAGGGUAGAAUUUAGCGUUUGGUUUUUACCUCCUAGAAUAUGCUGUUUGGUAUGUGAGGGUUUCAGUACAAAUGCUGCUGUCUAUUUCUGUGCACUUAACAAUGGAACCCAAACAGAAGAGAAUAAAGCCUUGAUACCAAAAUUGGGAGAGAAAAUGUGUCCAUUUGGACCAAACGUUGUGGGUUUUUUUUUUUUUUCCAUCUUACUAUGUACCAGUGGCACUUAACCAAAAGAUACAAUGAUAUAGCCAUGUACUGUGUUUGGGACAGAUACAGUCUCCUUGAUCUAUAAUGCAUCCCCUAGGAUUUCCUUGUGCAUUGUCGUUAAUUCGUUGGUGUAUAAAAGGUAAAUUACACUGAGGCUUAGCCUGUUUUAAAACUAUGGUAGCUGUCUAACUGCUACUUGUUCAUGUUGCUUCCUAGGAAAAAAAUUUUCACUCGAAAAUAACUAGGAUCUGCAUUUAGAACAAGAAUUGUUACUUGUCCCGACCUUUCCUUCAGCCCUACAGAGAAGCAUCUGUGCUUUUAUACUUGCCAUGGACGUAACCUAAAAAGUUUUGGCGUAUUUAGGUCAGUCUAUCAGAACUUUUUUUUUUCUCGUUUAAAUGGAGUUGAAUAAUGGAGAUUUUGUGUGUGGGAAAUUCAUGAGAUCAUUGAAAAAGUAACAGACUCUUCCUUGUCUCUGAUACGUAGAAUUCUAAGCAUUUUCUCAGUCAUUAAAAUUUACUGCCAGUUGUGAGUGGCUUUUUAAUUAACUUUCAUUGCACUUCACUCUGCCCAUUUUCAGGGGAGUCAGAUUGGCAACAUUUGAGGAGACUGUAUCUUGUCUACUUUGUGUGGCUGUUUUGAGGGACUGUCCUAUCAGUGAACAUACUGCAUGGCCUUGGAGAGAGACUCUGGGCUCUCGGCUCAGAUGUAUUCAUCAAAUACUCCUUUCAGAGCUCUUGUGGGUGUAAGUGACAUGAUGUGGCCAAAAAUCCAAACUGUGCAGUUGCGUUGUGACAAACAUGCAAUGUGCUGUAAAAACUCAAUACAAUUUAAAUAAAAUCUCUAUAUUAGUGCUGC